GAGCUAGUUCUGGUAUUGGAGCAGCCACCGCUGCUUUGUUUUCAAAACUUGGUGCCAGUUUAGCUUUAACUGGGCGUAAAGAAGACAAUCUUCAGAAAAUUGGACAAAAAUGUUCAGAGGGUAACGGUGAAAAGCCCCUCCUAGUUCCUGGAGAUCUUGCUAAAGAGGAGGACAUUAAAAAAGUCUUUGAUAAAACUGUGGAACACUAUGGAAAGCUUAACAUUUUGGUCAACUGUGCAGGGAUCAUUGAGUUAGGUAGUAUUGAAACAACCUCCCUUCAACAGUAUGAUAAGAUCUUCAAUGUAAAUGUAAGAUCUAUCUAUUACCUGACCAUGCUUGCUGUUCCAUACCUGGUCAAAUCUCAAGGAAACAUUGUCAAUGUGUCCAGUGUGAAUGGAAUACGUUCUUUUCCAAAUGUGCUGGCUUACAACAUGUCAAAGACUGCUCUGGAUCAGUUCACAAGAUGUGUUGCUCUUGGUAACAAUGUUUGUCCUCAGUUCAGAUAUGUUUGUUAAAUGUAAAUUAAUUGA